AUGUCGUUGUCUAAAUUACCUUUCGUAAAGCACAAGAAGAGUUUACCAGAUGAUGAGCUCAUCAAGGUCUUAUUUGUAAACCCUAAUUCAACCCAAGCAAUGACCGAUGCCUGUUUAAAGAUAUUGGCUGGUCAUGUAGCUCCAGACACUGUGGUUUACGGGUACACUGCACCAUUUGGUAAGGCACCCAAUGUGAUUGAGGGUCAUCUCGAUGGUAUUCAAUCUGCAAUUGCCGUUAUGGAAGAUGCUUACGAUGUAAUAAACCAAGUCGAUUGUGUACUUGUUGGAUGUUUUAGCGACCAUCCAUUGAUAAAAUCUAUCAGGGAAGAAUUUGAUGAUGUUGUGUGCAUGGGUAUCGUGGAAGCAGCCGUGUACUCAUCCAGGAUCAUUGGAUCAAAAUUCGGUAUUCUUGCAUCAAUUUACAAGGCUCAGUUAAGAGAUGAGGAAACCAUAGCAGGUCUUGGCAUGUCCACAUUUUGCGUUGGAUUGUUAAGUUCUGGUAUCAAAACCGUAUCGGAUUUGGUCAAAGUGGAAGAAGCUGAGCUUCAUAAAACAAUGUCUAAAACUGCCUUGACCUUAGUAGAAGAAUAUCACGCAGACACCAUCAUCUUGGGCUGUGCAGGGAUGAGCGACUUGAAAAAUGCUGUUGCAAACGCUUUACAGCAGAAUGGCUAUGAAGUGCCAAUUAUUGACGGAGUGGUAUGCGGGAUCAACAUUGUUUCGGCUGUCUACAGAAGUGGAUUACACGGUACAUCCAAACAAGGAGCUUAUUCAAGUGCUAGAAAGGCAAGAGAACUAAGAGGUGAUACAGUUGAAAUCAAGAAGUCAUGA